AUGAAAGAACAUUAAGGGUUAAUGACAAAUGAAUUUCAACCAAUCAAAUAAAAGUACUUUUUACAUGAGAAAGAGCAAGAAAAAUAACAUCCUUUUGUAGAGAGUUUGUAAGAGUACUUCUAGAUAUUUCGAAGACGAAUAAUUUUGCAAAUAUUUUUGUGUAUAUUGAAAAUAAUAUAGCUCAUAGCAUUCUUCUUUUUAGCCCUUAUAAUUCCAUCCAUAAUACUAUAGGCAGAUUAUAUUGAAUUAGAUGUAUCUAAGAAUGGAGCAACAUUUUAGAUGGAAUAAACUUGGGAUCCUCCAAUUAGUAUAUAAGUGUUUUCUAAAACUGAUAUUCUCUUAUUGGAUGUUUAAUUGUCAUUAGAUGGAAAAGAGAUAACAGAAUUUACAAUUUAUGAACGAUUGGAUAUCAAUACUGAAUACAACUUGGCUAGUAAUACAACUUACAGUUUUAGUAAACUAAAAUAUUUUAAUGAGGCAGCAGUUAGAUUGAUGGCAUAAUUCAACUUUGUACCCACCUCUUAUUUGAUUAUCGUAGUUGUAAUGCUUGUUAUCUCCCUUUUGUACUCUAUCCUUACAUACAUUCGCUAUAAAUAACUUUGAUCUUUUAUUGUGUUUAGUUUCUUCUUUUGUUUCAAGUGAAUCAUACCUCAUUUUAUUCUAUUUAUUCAAUUUAUACAUAAUAUUACAAAUUUUACACAAAAUUACUACUAUCUUAAUAUAAAUCUUGUAUUUUUAUGUUAUCAUAACUUAUUUAGAAUUUCUGAUUUAAACUAAUUAUCAAAAUCUAUGUUGUUAAUGAGCUUCAUAAUAUUAAGGUAUAAAAUUGAUAGUUCAUACUAUAAUGUAAUUAAUGUAAUAUUAUUUAUUAAUAAUCAUAGGUAAUCCAAGAAUAAAAUAAGAUUGACUAAGAUAAAUAAUAAAUAUAUAUAUAUAUAUAUGUAAUAACAAGCAGAAGAAUUAGAUUAAUUUAAACAAAGCUUAAAUAAUUAAUCAACUAUUCCCUUCCUUCAACAAGCACUAACUUAAGAUUAAUUAUUAGCAUAAAAUGCACGUCUUCUAUAACAAUUACAAGAAUAGUAAAGAAUGUUCAAUUUGCAAAGUCUUUUAGCAUAAAGUGUUCUGCAAAAUCCGUUUAUAAAUUAAUAAAUCACUUAGGAAAGUAAAAAGAUCAAGAAAACUAAAUCAACACUUUAGCGAAUUUAAUCUAAUGCUAGUCUAAAAGAAUAAGCCUCACAAUUAUAGGAAAUUAAAGGUAACGUCAAGAACGCAUAUAUAAAAAAAAUUACCUCUUUGCUUAGUGUUGAAGGUGAGAGAUUAUUAGAUGAAGAAUUAUAAGAAGAUUUACAAGAAGACAGUUCAUCAGAAGAAGUAUAGAAGGAAUAGAAAUUUAGUUUAGCUGGAUUAUUAGGAUCUGCUAAUGAUUUAUUAAGUGUUGAAUCAAAGAAUAAACGAUUAAGAUAAAGUGCUAAGAAUUCACGUUUAAGAAAAAAAGUAUAUUUGAAGUUGCUAGAAAAAAAAGUAACAUUAAAUUAAAAUAAAUAGGUCUCUGACUUAGAUUAAUAAAUUUAGGAAUAUAAAAAAACAACUAAACAAUCUUUUGAGUAUUUAACCUAAAUACUAUCAUCCCAUCCAAUUUUAAACAGUAUGAUUGUUGGAAAUUCCAAUGCAAUUGAUCAAAUUACAUAAUGCAAUCAAUCAGAUCAAGCUUAACUUAUUUUAGAUUCAUAUUUAGUAUUUUUCAUUUCUAUAAAUUAUUAGAUGAGAUUUGGUACAUGUGGAAUCAAAAGAAGAGACUACCUUAAAUAUGCAGUUAAAAAUAUUCAGAGAAAUUUCUUAAAAGGAAACUAUGGGUUAUAAUUGAUUAGUUUCAAACAUGAAGUUAAAAAUUGUAUUAUAAUUUAUAUAAAUUAAGAUGAUGAUGAAUUUAAUAACUACGUAGAAAUUGUUAAAAAACAAUGUAAACUAGAUGAUGAAAAUUUAAUUUAUAAAGUAUUGCCAAUUAUAGAUAAAUUAUUAAACCAUAGAAAGAUAUCCUAAUAGUAUUGUCAUUUAUUAUUAUUAGAUUAUUAUUAAAGCUAAAUACAGAAAUGAAAAAAUUGAAAUUAAUACAAUUUGAAGUGGAAGAGAAUGUUAAUCAAUUUACUCAAUUAUUAACACCCAUUUAAUAAAUUGAAUUAAUCAAAAAUGUAGAGAAACUAGCAACUUUCAAUAGAUAACUUAAAUGA